GACUGCUAAUACCUCAUUUUUAACACUUUUUCAGCCAACGUAAUGUCGGAUUCCUCACCAAGUACACCACCGUCCAAGUGGCGAUAUCGUCUAUAUGUCCUUGCCGGCCUUCCAUUUCUUCUUUCUCCCGUGUCCCUGUUCUCCCUAGCGGUUCUCUACGUAUCCCUUCUCUGUGCAGUUCUCCUCUAUGCGGCUUAUAUAGCCAUGAAGGACUUUGUUGUGGAUGAACUUCAACAACGAGGAUGGCUAACGCAAGAGGUGGUCGAUUCUCCUCAAAGGGAUGAAGCCAUAGGGGCGGAUAACACCAAACUUGAGGAAGACUUCCCGAUUCUUUCGUACCCAAUUGUUGGCCAACUAUUUAUGGGCCCUCCGUUGGUUGUCUACGUAUCAACAAGAGGAACUGUGCAAGGAUGGCUGUAUAGUUCAAAAUGGGUCGUUCGGAAGAGCGUCCAGGGAAUUCCCAUUGUCUGGAGAGCAUCCCUUUCCCUUGGUCAACGGGUCCUCAACGGCUGCAAAAUACUUUGGGACGUGGGAGUGACUAUAUGGCGCACGGUCGAAACUCCGGUCGUGGCGGUCUUCUCCAGUGUGUAUAGGACAACUGCUGACGUGUUCCUUGCUGUAUGGCACUACACUACAGUUGUACUCCCGACGCUCACUGAACAGGUCCUGUCGAGCAUGUGGAAAGUCGCUAUCUAUUUUGCCGAAGGAACAAAGUGGAUAGGGAGGAAGAUAUAUAACUUAGGGGCAUUUCUUGGCAGACCUUUCGGGAAGGUCAUGUACGGCAUAUACGAGUUCCUUUCCAUUCAGUUCCUCCGAGGAAUGCGUCUGGCACUCAACAUUCUGACAACAGUAGAAGCAAAACUUCGGCCUCUUUUUUUGACAGUCGUUGAAACUCUUACUGUCACUUUCCGCUCAGUGAUAGUAAUUGUGUUUCGGGCUACCUCAUCUCUUGCCCAAUCCGUGGUCACACUCGGCCAGGCACUCUUCGUUCCUCCCCUCCGCUUCCUUUUCCGUACCACUACCGCUGCUCUUAGAAUCACUCGCAAUGUCAGCAUUAAAACGACAGAUCUGCUUGUACGGAGCGCCCGCCCUGUUCUCAGUGUGUCAUUUCAGCUAUUUCAUUAUCUUCAGGGCAUCCUUGCCACCAGUGGAGCAUACACUUUUGUUUUAUCCCUUCCCGACCGCAUAGUAAACCUCAUAGACGCACUGUGCUACGCCUUUGAGGCAUCGCUUUCGAUGAUCGUCAAGCAUACAUAUGCGCAAACCUUGUAUAUUCACCAAAUAGCCUCGCCUGUCUUCCUUAAACUCCUUGAGAUACUUCAACCGUUGUUGGACGUGGGAUUUAGUGCCUUAGGAUUGGUGCAAAAAGCUGGUGGCAUUUAUCUUGUGUAUGCUGUGCAGGUGACAAGGCGAGUGGGAUCUGCUGGAGCCAGAAUAUCGCUGUACAUUGCUUUGGAAGUGAAAAGGGCCGCUGAGCGAGCCCGUCGUGCUGGUGAUGCGAUAGGUAAACAGGUUGCUAAAGUGGUGAGCACCGGGAUUGCUAGGACCUCAAAGUGAGGAGAUUGGUUAAGGGUGUAGGUGGUCUCUGGAGGCAAAUAUUUAUUUUGAUGUCAUUUGUAAUAUUAUGAAGAUACCCAUUUGCAUUGA